UUUGUUUCAUAUACAGUUUUAAUGGCCAUCAAAUCAAUCAAUAAUUUCCAUUUUUAACCAAAAUAUCCUCUUGUUUGAUGAGGUGAUGAGAAAUUAGAUUCGAUUUUGCUUUCAUUUCAUGGUUGCAUCUCUUACCCUUCUACAUCAUACGACGUAAGUUUGUGUUUUCAGCAGCUUUGCCUAAUUGAGGCAAGGUUGCCAUUUCUGACACCCAGUCCCUCCUUCCAUCGCUAAUUCAUUCUAGUUCUUGAUAUACCCAUCUAUCUUUCUAUCUACAUUUCUGUUUUGUUUAGAUCCGAAAGGACCAAAAGAAUUUAUGAUGGAUACCAAAAAAGGGACGAUCUUGAUGCAAAGAUAUGAGAUAGGAAGGUUGCUUGGCCAGGGGACGUUUGCAAAAGUAUAUUAUGCAAGAAACCUGAAAACCAAUCAAAGCGUCGCCGUGAAGGUGAUAGACAAAGAGCAGGUUAUGAAGGUGGGAUUGAUUGACCAAAUUAAACGUGAGAUCGCAGUUAUGAGGCUAGUGAAACACCCAAAUGUGGUCCAACUUUACGAAGUAAUGGCUAGCAAAAGCAAGAUUUACUUUGCCAUGGAAUAUGUUAGAGGUGGCGAGCUUUUCAAUAAGGUGUCCAAAGGGAGGCUGAAGGAGGAUGCCGCUAGGAAAUAUUUCCAACAACUGGUGGCUGCGGUGGACUUUUGCCAUAGCCGUGGUGUCUACCACCGUGACCUCAAGCCUGAGAACCUCCUCCUAGAUGAAUCCGGCAACCUAAAAGUCACAGAUUUUGGAUUAAGUGCAUUGUGUGAGUCAAGAAGACAGGAUGGUCUCUUGCAUACAACGUGUGGAACGCCGGCUUAUGUUGCCCCAGAGGUGAUUAACAAGAAAGGAUAUGAUGGCCAAAAGGCAGAUAUUUGGUCGUGUGGGGUGAUCUUGUAUGUUCUGCUUGCUGCUUAUCUUCCAUUCCAUGAUAACAAUCUAAUGGAAAUGUAUAAAAAGAUUAGCAAAGGGGAAUUCAAAUGUCCACAAUGGUUCGCUCCUGAGGUAAAAAAAUUACUUUCGAAAAUUCUUGAUCCAAAUCCAAGCACACGGAUUACAUUGGCUAAACUCAUGGAAAACCCUUGGUUUCGAAAGGGAUUCAAGAAAAUCGAGGCCUCAAAAUCAUUCACCAAUGAAAGCCCAUCAAAAAGUUUUAUUGAUUACGAAAAUGCGAUAAGAUACAUGGAUACUCCAAAGGGUAGUUAUAAUAACCUUAAGGAACUCGACGAUCCAAAACCAAUGUUAUCACAAUCACCAUCAUUUUCUUCCUUUUCACCUUCAUGUUCAAAAGAGGCUUUGAAGCCGACGUCUAUGAACGCGUUUGAUAUCAUAUCGCUAUCUCAAGGGUUUAAUCUUUCUGGUUUGUUUGAAGAGGGUGGUUCAGGUCAAAAAAAGGAGUCCCGUUUUACAACAAAAGAGCCUGCAUCAGCGAUUGUAUCAAAACUUGAACAAGUAGCUGAGACGGAGAGUUUUGGGGUUUCAAAAUCGGUAGAUGGGACAGUGAGGUUGCAAGGGAGUAAGGAAGGGAGGAAAGGGCAGUUAGCCAUAGAUGCUGAGAUAUUUGAGGUGGCGCCAUCAUUUCAUGUGGUGGAGAUGAAGAAAUUGUCCGGCGACACCUUGGAGUAUAAUAACUUCUGUAACCAAGAGUUGAAGCCUUCUUUGAAAGAUAUAGUUUGGACAUGGGAAGGUGAACAACAACGUGAUGAUCAACCCCAUAUACCUAAACCCAAUUAAUCAUAAAGAUUAAUCAUUAUAAUGUAACCCUUUUUCUUCUCGGUUUUUGCUUUGUAUCUAUUUUUCUUUUGUUUAUUGUUCUCUCUCUCUUUUUUUCUUUCUUUUUGUGAGUUUUGAACUCUUCAAAAUCUCUUUGAUUAUGGGGUUUUAAUUAGGCGUCUGAAUGUAGAA